UAUGCCAACUUUUCUGCCGCAUAGAACCUUUCUAUAUCUGUCACCAGCAGUUUACACUGCCUUGUGCAGAAGCUGCUACUAAUGCUUCUGAGGGAAAAUGCAAGUAUUACGUCAGAGUAACUGAACAACUGAUUUUCGAGUCAAGGUGUAUACCAGGAGCACAUCAAUCGCUGGGACCAUGGUACUUAUAACAGGCAUGUACAUUAAUAAGCACCAAGCCUUGCAAACGCCUCCUUAGCGUUGAAAUGACCAAGUGUUCUUGCUAUUGUACAUAGUGCAUAUCACAAGUUUCCGAAUUUUUGUAAGGGGGGGGGAGUUGAGCAGCUUCUCUUACCCAAUGAAAUAAUACUAUUGUUUUCUUGUUAACAGCAACAUCACAAGAUGAAUGAAGAUGACCAGCAACAGCAACAGCAGCAGCAUGACAUUGAUCCGUUUUUAAAGCCUGGCGAACUUCGGCAGAUUGUCAACAAACUGCCUAGCAGAAUUAAGCAUCCACACAGCGACUAUGACUAUUCAGACGCUGCCAAGUUUGAGACAGAGAUCGAAGAGUUCUUCAAUUAUUCCGAAGUAGAGAAUGAACUCAAAUCUUACCAACAAGAAUACGAAACGAGUGUUGACUUUGAUUGGUGUAAACUGGAUGAAGACGAGCAACGACGACAUAUUGAGCGUAUUCUCGAUCGAUUUGAACAUUCCGUACGCGACGAGCGUGUAGCUGCAGCUAAACAAUUACUUUGCAUAGGACUCGGAUAUUGUCAUGGCGAUGAUAAUGAACCUCGAGAUCGUGUAGACGUAGCUAUAGCGAAUACAAUGUUAAUAAACAGAUGUGGCGCUUUGACCGCGGUAUUUCAAGCUUUCAAUCGUGGUUGCAAAAAGCAUGAUACAUACAAUUCUCAAAGCCCAGUAAUGGAAGAGUUGAGCAUAGUGAGCAAUGAAAUUGAGCUCUACAUUUCAAUCAUGUACCUCAUCCUCGAGGCAGUUCGGACGACAAAAGGAUUUUCGGACGAUCAUGGAAUGCUGGAUCCGAGUAUCCUACGAAACAUUUUCGAAGUGACAUCCCAAUUACGAGACAAGUAUUUAAAGUCUUUCCCUGUCAAAAAGUUGGUUCUUUUAUUAUGGAAAGCAAUUUUAGCGACGUUUGGUGGAUUCGAGGAGCUUCAAAACACUAGAACAGCAUCAAGGAUCUGUCACGGACUGGAGCAGUUGAAUGCAGAUAUCGUCUCCAAAUGCACUCCACAAGACUUAUAUACGUUCCAAAACGAAGCAAUCUUAAAGUAUCCAAAUUAUGAUCCGCCCGAUAUCCCACUACCUAUUACAUCUUCGCUUACUGUCAAGGCAUCGCCCAGGCUUGUCAAAGCAAUGGGAAUAUCUAACGCUACAGCUGACACAGAACUCCCUUACCAAACAUUGUUCCCACCGAAAUCAUCUGGAAACAACACCAACAGCACACUUAAAAAACAGCAACAACAAAAUUUGGCGUCCCUUGUAUGGCCCACUCCGCAGUCAGAAUCAUUUGUGUUGCCGUUGGAUGGACACUCUCCAGGUGUGCCCCAAAGUACCGUAGAAGCUGGAAAUUUGUUCUUGAAAAACAUGCACUUGUCAGUGGCAAAUCAGCAGAUCAUUCACGAAAGAGAAAAAUCUAUCCAUAAAUGGGAGCACAAAAAAGAAGGCUUAAAGGAACUCAGUGAUAUUUUAUCCAAAAAUCAAGACAAUCAGGGUAUUACAGAAGCGAUGAGAAAGCGGUUUGAAGCACUGGAGCAAGUUUAUGCCAGUUUAGUUCCUGAACUACAGAAUAUUGUGAUUGUGCUCUUGAAGUUGUUGCUGUCGACAGUCACUAGUGGAACCAAUGGUGUUAAUUCUAAACAGCAGCAGCUGGCAAACCCGAAUUCAGCAAAAGCAACAAACGGUGUAAAAAUUGACCUAGAGGACGCUGAUGCGAACCGAAAUCGUGAGGUCUUAUCAAAAGCAAUAUCAGCUAUUUUAUUGCUGCUCCUCAAAUGGACUAAAGUAUCACAUGUGUUAAAGUUCGAAUAUAUAUCACAGCUUUUGGUGGACUCUGGCUGUCUUUUGCUAAUUCUAAAAAUAUUGGGUCUCCAAGAGAUAACAACUAUUGUCUCCGCAGAAACCGAAAUUAAUGGCCACAGUCUAUUCCGACGAAAUCAACAACAGAACUUGGAAUCCUCAGCGGACACUGAUGCACCACCUGUGCCCGGACGUACAUAUACAAACUGUCGUAAUAUGUUCUGGACGAUCAACUUUUUACGUAUUCUUCAAAUGCUCACUAAAAGAAAAACAAACCGUGUCAUGUUAUUGGUUCAGUACAAGUCAUCGGCGAUAUUGAAACGUGUUCUUAAAGUAUCUCAUCCUAUGAUGGAACUCUAUGCACUCAAGGUUUUGAAAAGCCAGGUCCCAUACCUCGGUCGCAAGUGGAGAUCAUUGAACAUGAAAAUUAUUUCUGCUAUUUACCUACGAUGCUAUACGGCUCUGCGUGACGACUGGAUAUCAAAGUCUGACACUGAAGUUGAUCUAGAAGACGGCAUGGUACAAGAAACCAAUUUACGGAUGCUCAUUCGAAUAUACCACGGACAGCGUUAUAUACCCGCAUUGCUACCACAGCAAGAUGAGCCAAGUGGUUUAGACAAUUUGACCAACUCUUCACAUGAUUCCACCACAUCUUUGCUGGACAAGUCUCUCCUCGAUGAUAUUGGUACAGAAGACAUGGAUAUUAGCUUGGAUGCAGAGUUUACCGAAAACUACGAGGAGUGGUUAGAGAGCAAUGUUUAUAGUUCCGAAGACGACGAUGGCAAUGAAGACUGUCCCAGAAACCUACAGGAGGAUGCCGUUACGCCGGGAACGCCAUUACCAUCAUCACCUAUAAUUGCUCAUGCCGAUGUAGCACCUCCAACUCACAUUAUCGGCACUUUUUAUAAACAAGGCUUAGAGGAGGCUUUCUCUGCAGAGCAAUUAAUUACGUUGCCCGGAUACGAUAGUUCUGAUGAUGAUGAUGCCCUAGAUCCUAUGCAAAAGCUGACUCACCGGCUGUUGGCGGCCGAACAACGGGCAAUCCAGCGAUAUACGAAUUUAUCAUUGGAAGACACAAACUGUACGCCGGAUCCCACGUAAUAUAGAAGCAGUUGAUUGACAUCACUAUUAUAAUGGCUAUUAUUUAUAGCAAGCAUGCUUUCCUAUAAUUAUGAAUACUUUGCUCGAUGAUGUAUGUAUGUAUUGUGUGUGUCUAUGUGAUACUCUUAGCCUCAUAUCCAUAUGGAGUGUUUAAAACUGCAUUGAUCAAGUUCCG